AUGGUUCCUCACAGAUCAACCAAAGGAGCAUCCAAAGCUCGGCGGGACCACAUCAAUUAUGAGAUCAGGAAUAUGCGAGCUCUCCUUCCCAUCCCCUCGGAGGAUCAGGAGCGCCUCUCCUACCUGCACUCGAUGGCUGCUGUGUGCACCUACAUCAGGAAGACGGUUCUCUUCCAGGGACUCCCCUCCGGUGAGGCUCUCCCCCGCUCUUUUCCCAAGGAGGCCUUUCUCCAGGCCUUGCACGGUUUCAUCCUGGUCACUACUGUCCAAGGGAGGCUGGUCUACAUGUCUGAAAAUGUAUCGGAAUAUCUCGGCCUUUCCAUGGUAGACGUCCUUCAAGGAGACAGCAUAUAUGAUAUGGUGGAGCGCAGGGAUAUUGAAAUGAUCGAGUCCAUCCUGAAGGGGUACAAUGAAAAUACCACAUCAUCAGAGGCGAGUUUUGUAUGUAGCAUGCAGACCUCCAAGACCUUCAAGCCACAGCGUAACAGCUGCACCACGCUGGUUCGAGGCAGCUUCCAGUUCUUCACGGAGCCGUGCCCCUCCUCCUCCCCCAUCUCUAUUAGAGGCAAGCCCCUCUUUGUGGCCCUGUGCACCCCCACAGUGGACCGCCUCAUCGGCGUGGAGUCGCACUUGUGCCCCAGUUUCGACAGCGUGCACACGCUUGACAUGAGCUUCACUCGACUCUCAGACAGUGUUUCAUAUUUUUUGGGCUACUCAGCAGAAGAAUUGGUUGGGCAAUCAUGGUACAGCCUAGUCCACCCCCAAGAUUUAGCUUUCACUGUGAAUCAUCACAGACAUUUAUUACAAGCAGACGAGAGCCUGCAAGUGCAGAUGGUGCUAAGACUACAGUGCAAAGAUCUGUCUUGGACCUGGAGCUACAUUUGUGCUAACAAAGAGUCUCAGUGCCAGACUACAUAUGUCUACUGCACUCACUUCAUCAUCAGUGAAACAGAAGGCAAAUAUCUGCAGAGGAAAACGAGCGAUGAUCCUUUGAGGCCAUCAUCACCGACGGAGAGCCAAAAGGCAGAGAGUAACCCCUCCAGAGGUUUUAAGAGGCAGAGGAAUCCAAACAGCCAAAGUGAGGAGACAUGUUCCAAAGCCAGGGUGGAGUGUGAUAAAGACCUCCAUGAUGGAGAUAGCCCCCCUCCUCCUUUAGAGGACAGCCCUGUGCUUUUCACCCCUCCCUACAGCCCCGCGUCCUCCAGCUCCACUGUGCAGCGGGAGGAGCUGAGCCUCGUCGUCCACACGGAUGUGCACAGAUACGCCGAUCAGCUGCUGUCCUCCCCGGACGCUUCUCCGUCCUACUACUCCUACCCCGAGGCCGCGCUCGCCUGCCACCUUGCACCUCACCGCUCCCUGCCCUCACAGUUCACCUUUGAUCAGGGAGUGUUCGCCACUUUCCAUCCUCUCUCUCCAGCCUCCCCCUCCUCUCCAAUCUACGAUUUCCCAUCUUGUGCAUCCGAUGCCAGAUUAGUUCCAGACACCUUGGCCAUGUCUGACUUGAGUGAGAGCUCUGGGGACUGCGCCUUGCAUCAAGAUGACUUUGGCCUAUUGGAGCAGCCACAAGAGGGCAGCCUCCACCAAGUGCAUCAUGUGCCACAGUACGUGCUACAUUCCAGUCUUCCCACCCCCAGCCAUUCCCCUCAUUCCAUGAUGCCUGACCAGUACAGCCAGAUGGAACAGACUGAGAUCAGCAUUCUGGCUCAGCAGAUCUCCUCGUUGGCUUCGACGUUUGACAUGGUCGGCCCCCUCGAUCUGCUCCAAAGUGUGGCCCCCGCUGAAUGCCUGCCCUCUUCCUCCUCAUCGUGUCAGUGGCCCGGCCACGCUGCUCCCCCCUCUCCCAUUCACGGUAAACUGAUGAAUGAUGGUGUUUUAGAGAGUCUCCUCAAUGAUCUGGACAUGGUCUCAAAGAAAGGCUCUGACAUUGCUGACUUUAGCCACCAUCAGGAAAGUGUGUGUACACCCCAACACUUUGAUCAUCUCAGCCUCAGGCCGACCACCCCGGAGAACUUGUUACCUCCAAACAACCUUGCCUUAGUUCCCUUCACUUUGCAGUUGGGAUGCCACGACCAAACCGCUGAGUUGCAUCAACUCAACUAUUCACUGCAGAGUAACGUGCAGCAAGAUGGACUUGCUGAGGAAAAGCUGUACUGAAAUAAGUCUGUGACUUACGACGCUACCCUUUGUAUGACAUAUUGUCAGGAAAAUUGUCCUUUGGCAGUUUCAAAGAACAUUAUGACAAAGAUGUAUUCAAAGGACAUAUUGUACAAAAAGACUAUUUCCCCCCAAGUGUAUCUCUGAAUCUUUAACAUAUCCCAAGUUAAGAUUUCUCUUCAUUUUUGCAACAUGCUCUCAUCUUUCUCUUUGGUUCCUGCUGGUGUGUUUUUUUUUAAAGGGUGC